UUUUAGUUUGGCGGUGUUUCUAGUUAGAUGACAGUAAAAGCGGAAGGAACUAGCUAACUGACUAACUUAGCUAGCUAAAGUUAGCAUAAAGUUGCGUGGGUAUUAAACUUUUCACUGCAUUUGAGAUCAGCGCCGUCUUUAACAAUGCCACAAACCAUAGAGCUCGGAGCUACGGGAGGAGCCUCCAAAACAGACAAGAUCAACAUGGACGACAUGACGGUAGAGCAGAUGACCAUGAGGGCCAACCAGGUCACAGACGAGUCUCUGGAGAGCACUCGUCGGAUGCUGCAGAUGGCUGAGGAGAGCAAACAGACAGGCGCCAACACCAUGGUGAUGUUGGAUCAGCAAGGAGAGCAGCUGAGGCAUGUGGAGGAGGGCAUGGACCAGAUCAACCACGACAUGAGGACCGCCGAGAAGAACCUGACCGACCUGUCCAAGUGCUGUGGUCUGUGUGUGUGCCCCUGUGACAGGGUGUCGUCUAUUGAACACGACUCCCGGUACAAGAAGACCUGGGGGACAAGCGAUGGUGAAGGAGAUAGUAACAGCUCCGGGGUGGUCUCCAGGCAACCCUCUGGAGUCCGCAACGGACAGGCGGGACAGGUCAACGCGUCCCAGCCCUCCGGACCCUACAUCAAGAGAAUAACUAAUGACGCUCGUGAAGAUGAGAUGGAGGAAAACCUGGAGGCUGUCGGGGGCAUCAUUGGAAACCUGAAGAACAUGGCUCAGGACAUGGGCAACGAAAUAGACAAGCAGAACAAACAGAUCGACCGCAUCACGGAUAAGGCGGACAUGACCAAAGUGCGUAUCGACGAAGCAAACACGCGAGCCAAUAAACUCAUCCAGUAGAGGGCGAUCCUCAGCUCUGGGCCAGUCUUUUAUCUCUCUGCCUUCUCUCUCACCUCACGUUGCAUUCAAGCACGACGGCACAUACCAACUACACGAUAUCUUUGUAAACAAUUCAGGAAGAAUGUACACGGCAGCAGUGUCCUUAACCUUAACUGCACUAAGAUGUAAAUACAAUACUUAUAUUUUAUUAAUUGUUAGCAGAGAGUAUAGCCACAUGUUCAUACACUUUCUAUAGUCAUGCUGGACUUUGAAAGCAGCAAAAAGGCAUAAACUCCACCAAAGAGGGAGCGCUUGAAUGCCUCACCACUGCUGACGCUACCAAAUACAAACCAGGUCUUUAUUGUAUCAUAUCAUAUCUGUAUUUGAGUGCUUUCAUACACUGCCUUGUUGUAAGUGUAUUGCAGGUUUAAUCUAAAAAAAAAAAAGCAGCCUUAAUACUUAUUGGUUUUCUGUAAUUAGAUGUGUUAUGUAAUAUUUUGCUUAUUAAAUUAUUCCUAAUCAAGCAGAAAUGACUUGUGAAUAAAGUGAUCUUUUCUAAGACUUUUUUUCCACGUCAUUUUUGCCAUUUCAGAUGUUAAUUUCAAAAUAGUGCUUGUGCUUUGUGACUGUGUUGUGCACUGAUCUAAGGUAACACUACGACCACCUGCCUAAUACGCAACAGCAUAGAUAGUAAUUGUAUUUAUAUCAUCGGUUUAAAGGUCCUAUAUUGCACAAAAUUGACUCUUGGGAGCUUUUAGACGUGUUAUAAUGCUGUUACCUCCUCAAAAACACACCUGGAGUUGUGUUUUGCCUCAUUCAGACAUGUUUAAGUACAUCUCCAAAGCUUAAACGCUCUGUUCCACCUUGUGAUGUCAUGAAGUGGUAGUUUUUAAGUUCACAGUAUUACCUUUACUUCAGUAGAGAUUGGCAAUUCCAGGGUAAGUGAUUCUCGUGAAGAUGUAUGGAGUUUAAAAACACUUUGAAGCACUUCCUGUAUUACCAUACGACAUCGCAAGGUGGAACAGAGUGUUUUCGGUCCUAAAUAACGCAGGUUUUGUGCGUUAAACGUGCGAACGAAAACACAAAACACAACUCCAGGUCUGUUUGUGAUGAGGAAACCUUUUAAACUACACAAUUCACCCCGUUUUCCUGGUUUACAAUGAGAAUCUACCUAUAACGGUCGAUCGGGUCCAUUGGUGAACUGGCAAUAACCGAUAAAUACAUAUUACCGUAUAUAUUCAGGGCUGAAAAUAUAGUAAAAAGAAAUUCAUAAUUAUUUUGUAUUUAAAUAUCUUGAGACGAGACGUUUUACUGAACAAGAAGAGUAAUAUAUUUUGAUGAAAAGACUGUAAAUAUUAAUUAAAAGUCAAGUUUGUUCAGAUUUGUUUGACUAUUUCAGCAUCAUUUUACCUUCUGAUAGUAAAUUAGUCGCAGCCUUGUGUACUUCUCAUGUUUUUGCGUACGAGGCCGCUGCAGAUUAGACCAGUGGUUGUAAUGUUGUACUUGAUCAGUGCGUGGUUUUCUUUAUACUUCAAUGCUGGAAUUCAAAGCUCUACCCCUGAGUGAUGGCAAUUUUGCUUUAAUUGUAAUUUUUGUGAAACGUAAAUGUGCAUAUUUGGGAGAAUAUGUUUGUUGUAAUUACUUCCUGAAAAAUGGACUAUACCUAUUCCACAGUUUUACCUCUUUAUGUAGUUUAUAACAGAAUUUGGGAAAUAUUGUCACAGUUUUCGUUUUAGUUUUGACAUCGUUAUUUAUGUCCCUGUUUUGACUGGAUAAAUGAAUACUCAAAACUUAGCCUGCGAUCAUUUUGUUAAUCUAAUUUAUUCUCAGUUUCCCUGCUGUUAAUAGAGAUUUAUUAUAAGACCCAAGAGGAGAUUAACAGACUUUGCCAGGCGCCGACACGAGUCCGGGAGCACUUGAAAAAUUCAUUUCCCCAAGUUUGUAAUUGCAGUUUGUGAAAGAGCAUGAAAACAAAUUUGCCAGUUAAGAUGCACAUGGCUUUAGCUUGUUGUUCAGCGCUGCUAUUUUCACAUUACUACAUCAUUAUAUUAUGUACAGAGCUGUGUGAAAGUUUGGUUUCAGAAUGAUACGAACAAAACAAAACGCGUCAUAGCUAAAGGAUAAAAUGCAAAAAGGGUUGUGUUCAGUUGCAUUGCUUUGUAGAAUCCCUGUAGUUAUUUAUUUCUGGGCCUGUCAGCGUGAAAACACAAUAGCUUGGACCACGACCAUCUAAUUUUAUUGUACAGUCUAGUUCAGAGGUGACUUCUAUCCAUGGAUUUUAGAUUGAAGAAACAUUUGCGCUGUUGCCGUAGCAGCAGUUAACGAUUCAAAACUAAAUAUUGUAGUGUUCUGGUGUAAGAAAACGCACUGAAAUUCUUCCGAUUGUUGUUUAUUUUGUGAUCACGUGGGUUACUCAAGGCCGUAACCCGCGCCAAAUUGAGCAAAACAACAAGAAAAACAACUUAAGCCAGUCUCCAGAACAGACCGGUAACGUCAACGCGUCGGCAUAGCAACCAAGCGUCAAAUACAAAAAGCAGUUACAUCAAUCGCAACAACUUAUAAACAUUUACAAGAACAACAAAACGUGUCGACUCUGAACUAAACACAAAAUAUCAGAUUGUUUCAAUAUUAUAUCUGUUGAACGGUCAAAAAUCUACAAAACGUCGCCUAUGAACAAGAAGCUGAACCUGUUUCUAUGUUCUUCUCGAAAUAAAAUACUGUGUUUUCUGGAGUACAAGUCGCACCAGAGUACAAGUCACGCCUGAGUAUCAGCUGCACCCGCCAAAAAAAUGCAUAAUAAAGAAGAAAAAAAAACCAUUUCACAUAUAAAUCGCAUCUGAGUACAAGUCGCACCCCCAGCCAAACUACGAAAAAAAGUGCGACUUAUAUUCCGGAAAAUACGUAACGCCAAAAAAUCUAUUAUUUGCCUUAAAACUAUCACACAGCCCUCGUCGUCUUCUCCUAAAUCAAUCACAAAAUGAAAUGUAAAUCAAAUUGUACAGUCCUUCUAACUUGCCCUUUUGUAAACGGUUGUGUUGUAACAGCCACAGUCUCACCGGCAGUGCCUCCGACGCUCAACCAACACACAGUGAAAACGGCCCUAUCUCGUGAUGGAAAAGCAUCAUUUGUUUUGUGACGCUGUAGCCAAGCUGAGAGGAUUAAGGCUGGCAGCGAGAACUAUACAUGCAAAUGAAUGUUUAGUGCAAAUGCAGAAACUCCUAGCGGGCUUCAUAAUGAGCGACCUCGCUGUGGAAAAUUGGCUAAUGAUAAAAUGAUAUAGCGCCGUGAAAAAAAACCAGAUCUGUAUCCAUCUUUUUUUGUUUUGAAGAAAAUGUUAAUUCGUAUGCCGUCGCUUCCAGGCGUACAUGCAUUGGGUUUGUAUAGAUGACAACGAUCCAAGGUUUUGUAUUGCUAUAAGCUACGUAGCAUCUUUAGCAUAUUGUGAACUAUCAUCUAAUUACUAAGGUUGUCUCGGGGCUGUUUAUGUGUUGUUCUGUCAACCGCCACUGGAUGUAUGUAUAAAAUUGUCUAUUAAAUUCAUAUGCAGCUCAUCUGAUAUUAGCCUGCUUAAUGGAGAAACACCUUUUGGUUCACAUCCAUCUGUAAUAUUGUUCAUACUUAAUAAAGCUAUUCUGAAGUA